AUGAAAAAUCCCAGACGAGCCCUGAUGAGCCAAAAAACGGGCGGUGCCACGUGUACAUGGAGAUACCUGGGACGAUUUCUGACAGUUGGUCUCUAUAUAGCUGUUGCGGUUUUCCUAUGGUACACACUGGUACCCACAAGGAGUAUGGGGCACAAAGAACAGGAACCCAUAUCCCUGAAUUCCAAAGAUGUCAAGCCUAAAUCAGAUUCCGAAAAAGCAGUAGUUGAUUCCGAAAAAGCAGUACAUGCGACAAAAAAUGUGGUCAUUUAUGCAGCGACAAACUUUUUUGGCCAUCCAAUCACGACUGAACGAUUUUUGGCCACAUGUCCUGAUGUGCAGAACUAUUGCCGCAUCACACAACACGAAUCCGAGUUCGACAACGCUGACGCAGUACUAUUCCAUAAUGCGGAUUAUAGAGGACCAAGUGAAAAGCUGAAAAAGAUGAAGUCCCAGAGAAAACCUGGCGUUCCAUACGUUCUUUGGUCGUUGGAGAGUCCUAGUAAUGAUAAUUUCCGUCCGGAGAGCCACAUGAUCAAUUGGACCAUGACUUAUAGAACAGAUGCGGACGUUUGGGCACCAUAUGGUACUAUGGUGAAGAGGAAGACACCAGUGGAAAUCGACCUUAAUGCAAUUUGGGAGAGCAAAAAGAAAAGUGCCACGUGGCUCGCAUCAAAUUGUUUUACACCGAAUCGUAGAUUCGAUCUGAUUAAGAAAAUGGUUGAUAAGGGGUUUGAGAUUGAAAUCUGGGGGAACUGUGGAAAACAAGCACCACAGUGUAGCGGAGUUGACAAUCAGGAAUCACCGUGUGUACUGGAAUUGAUAAAACCCUAUAAAUUCUAUAUCUCAAUGGAAAAUUCGAACUGCAAAGAUUACGUCACAGAAAAGUUCUGGAAGGCUCUAAACGACCGAAUGGUGGUCCCAAUAGUGUUGUCAAGGCAGUAUUAUAAGAACUUGAAUGUUGUCCCAGACUCCGCCUACAUCGCUGUGGACGACUUUGCUACCUUUGACGAGUUUAUGACUCAUAUUAAGAAAGUUAACAGUGAUAAGGACACCUACCUAAGCUACCACACAUGGAGGAAAGAUUAUCAAAUCAUCAUUGGAAGUGGAUUCUCGGGAUGGUGUACACUUUGUAACAAACUUCAGGAUAAGGAAUACAUUUUGAAACAUCCAAAAUCCUAUAAAGAUGUGGCAUGGUGGCAUUCUUACGAUAUAUGUAACAAUCAGAUAGCUUCGAAGUACUUGUAA